UUUGCUGCUCGCUGCGGCGCUUGUCCCCUUCCUCCGACCGUCCGUCCGUCCGUCCAAUUCCUGCUGCUGCCUUGCAUCGGCUGGACUCUGCUGCCUGCUAAAUCUAUCUCCUUUCCUCCCAACGGCCUCCUGGCCUUAUCCCCAGCGCGCACCGCACCGCACCGCACCGCACGCAUCUCCCGCGCGCCACACAUUCCUCGCCUGCGCCUGCGCCCACAACCCUCUCUUCUCCCCUCCCCACCCCGCCCCGAUUUGGAUUCUUCCGCCGGCCACCUCCCUCCCGCUGCUGUGUGUGGUGUGCGCAGCGCGCGGUUUCUACUAGGCCCUCGCCGCUCCAACCAGGGGGCGGCCCUGCCCUCUCCACGCACCACCCACAAAGGUUUCUUCUUCUUCUGGUGCGCCCGUCCGUCCGUCCGUCCGAUCCACACACCCAGGCGUCUCCUUCUCCCUCCCUGCUCUUCAAGGCUCUAUCUUGCGGAGGUGCGACAACAAGAUGUCGGUGCUGGCGGACAUGCUGGCGGAGAUCUUCCGGGAGCCCACGCUGGCCGGGGUGGCGCGGGAGCUGGCCACCCUCGCCGCGCCGCUCUGGCUCGCCGCCCUCGUGGGCCUGCUCAUCGGCUGGGCCUGGCGCCCGCGCUGGGCCGCCGCAGUCGUCGACGUCGCCGGGCACCAACAGCAGCCGGUGCCGGCGGCAGCGGCGGCGCAGCAGGCCCCUGCCCCGCAGACCACUGUUGCCGACCACUUGGCCGUCGUACCUAGAGCUAAGGCGGCCUCGCUGGCGCCGGUGGAGGAGGAAGAAUUGGCGGUCAGCACCCCGGACCUGAUGCACCUCCGCAGGGUAGUCGAGGAGAAGGACGGCGGCCCCGCCUGGACGCACAUGAUGGACCGCACGCUCCCGACAUUCCGAUACCAGGCCUGGAAAAGAGAACCCCAGAACGGCCCGCCGCAGUACCGCAGUAGCACUAUCUUCGAAGACGCGUCGCCGGAUGUUGUCAGGGAUUUCUUCUGGGACGAUGACUUCCGGAUCAGCAACACCUGGGACGAUAUGCUUCUUGAGCACGAGACGCUGGAGGAGUGCACAAAGACCGGAACGAUGGUUGUCCGCUGGGUCAGGAAGUUUCCAUUCUUCUGCAGCGACAGGGAGUAUGUUAUCGGUCGCAGGAUAUGGGCAUCUGGAAAGACCUACUACUGCGUUACCAAGAGUGUACCUCGUCCCUCUGUUCCAAGGAGCAGCAAACCUCGCCGCGUGGACCUGUACUACUCUAGCUGGUGCAUCCGUCCAGUUGAAUCAAGAAAUGGUGAUGGUGCGAUGACGGCAUGCGAGGUGCUCCUGUUUCAUCACGAAGACAUGGGUAUCCCAUGGAGCAUCGCGAAGCUCGGCGUGCAGCAGGGUAUGUGGGGCUGCGUCAAACGGAUAGAGCCUGGCCUGCGGGCAUACCAGACCGCGAGGGCCGCCGGGGAGCCCAUCUCGAAAUGCGCUGCGAUGGCACACGCCAACACAAAGUUUGUCGCCGACGAGCUCACCGCUUCAGAAAACAACACCGAGGCCGGUUCGACCAGCAACAACGCCCAAGCCGAGAAGCCAAAGCACUGGACGGGCAACCUACCCAAAGUCUUCGUGAUAGGCAGCGUGGUCGCCCUGGCUUGCACCUUCGACAAGGGGCUACUGACCAAAGCCCUCGUAUUCGGAACGGCGAGAAGGUUUGCAGGACCAGGAAGAAGAUAGGAACCAAACAUCGACGAUCCAUGACGCGCAUUUGUUCCGAUGCACAACCGAGCGACGCUAUCUGGCAUAAUUGUUUUCGGUCCUGAGACGCUCGCGCUUGCAGAUGAGGACGAGGACGGCGUUUGCUCAUGCUAGAAAGCGUCUGUAAGCAGGCUUUUGUGUACAUACUGCUGUAGCUGCAGUCUGUGAAGCUUAGAGCUGAUUAGGAUAUAGAACCAUGAUGAUAAUGAGACUGAAUUGUAUUGGAUGCUGAGACAUGGCCAUCAUCAUUAUGAUGAUGUACUGCAAUGAAUAAGGCUCAUAUUUUGGAGGUGCUAUAAAAAUAUAGUGCUUUUUGUUGGUUA